AUGGCAUACGGACAUCGAUCCACACUUCCACCGGGGCAACCCUCGUUUGCUUUGGUGUACGGCAUGGAGGCGUUCGCCUCUGUAGAAGUGGAGAUUCCUUUCCGAGAUUUUUAUCCCAAGUGGAUUUGUCUCGAGGCGGAAUGGUCACAACAAAGAUUCAAGCAGUUGGACUUGAUUGACAAGAAAAGACUAAAAGCUCUCUGCCAUGGCCAAGCAUAUCAACAGAGAGUAGCUAGAUCUUUCAACCGGAAGGUGCGGCCAAGGCAUUUUGAGGUAAAUGACCUAGUCCUAAGGAAGUUGUUGCCAAUCUUUUCAGAUCCCGGAGGCAAGUUUGCUCCAAACUACAGCGGCUCAUAUGUGGUAAAGAAGGUACUUCCUGGCGGUGCUUUGAUUUUGGCAGAAUUGGAUGGUCGUGAGUUUUUCACUCCUGUUAAUUCAGAUGUUGUCAAGAAGUAUUACCCAUGA